GGGUGAAACCCAUUGAUCAUGAGAGUGGCCACAGUAGGAGUAGCUCUGCUACUUCUGGUAUUAUAUGCCAAUAAUCCAAGUGAUGCUUGGACGCAUAAUUGGCACACGGGUCCAAUAAAUUGUUAUGUAUGCUCCAGUUUAGAGGAGUGCUCCGCAAGCUCGGGCCAGCUGCACAAAUGUGAGAAUAACGAUGCCCAGAGUUGUAUGGCAGUCUUCGCAAGCGAUGGAUCAGUGAUCCAACGUGGCUGCAGCGAUAACUUGGCGACAACUUGCAGCGAUGAGGAUACGGACUGCUACGAGUGCCGUUCCAGUGGCUGCAACAAUCUGAAGACCAACACACAAAUGAUUGACUGUCUGGCGUGCGAUGCCCAAGAUGAUGAAAGCUGCGUCUUCGACUACGAAGUGAUUACGGAUACCCGCAAGUGUAAUGAGAAAUGUAUCACUGCGCUUUAUUCCCGCACCAGCGAUGAGGGUUCUCCAUUGGAACUUGUACGCACUUGCCUGGACGAUCUGGACCUGGAUGAUCGCGACGCCUGCGUCGAGGGGACUCUGCCCAACUGUGCACCCUGCAGUACCUCCAAGUGCAACACGGCCGAUAUGGGUGCCCGCGGCAUGUGCAACUUUUGCACCGAUGGCAAAUGCGACAAACCAGAGUCAAAGACGUGCCGCGCUGUCGCCGCCAGUGGAGAGGAGCAGUGCUUCAUCCAGCUGGAUGAAUCCGGCAAAAUUAAUGAGCUGGGUUGCCUCAGUCAAUAUAAUAUCAGCGAUGCUGCGGUCUUGCAGAGUGAGAAGCGCCUUUGGCUCUGCUCCGGCUGGAAUUGCAAUGUGAUCUCCGCAUUGCCCACCGAAAAAACAUGUAAAGUCUGCAGCUCCCGCACUGAUCCCGAUUGCGCCAUUGAACCAUCUGCAUUGAUUUCCGAAACGGAAUGUUCACAUCCCUUAUUCACUGAUUGCUAUACCCUGUUGCGCGAUGAUGGAAACACAGAACGCGGCUGCCUCACCACCCUGGACACGGAGGAUUAUGUUGAAUGUGCCGGCGGUCUCAAUGCCACCAAAUGUGUGACUUGUUCGGGCGAUAACUGCAAUAUUAAGCUGCAACCAGAGACUGAACGUCUAACUUGCCACAUCUGCGACUCCAGCGUGGAUGACACUUGUGAGGGGGCGCCCAAUGCUGAAUCUCUUUGCCUGCUACAUCAGCUGGAUCAGAAAUGUGUGACAACCAUCGACUCCAAUGGCAACACGCUGCGUGGCUGUGCCAGCUCCCUGAGCUGUGUGAGCGACGACAGCAAAAGCUGCAAUCACUGUUUGGGCAAGAACUGCAACAACCAAAAUCUGAAGAGGCGGGCCGAUGGUCAGCCGGGUCAGUGGGGUCAGGAGUUGCCACUGAGCUGUCAGAGCUGCACCGAUUCGACCACCUGUGCCAGUAGCAAUCUCGAGGAGAUUGCAUGCGCUGCCAAGGAUGAGUAUUGCAUGACAGUGUUCGAUGACACGGGCAAGGUGAAUGCACGCGGCUGCAGCAAUGUGGUGGAAGCCUCCUUCGGCGACUACUGUGAUGCGAAUACGGGCAAGUGCCACAACUGUAACUCAAAUGGGUGCAACAGCGCCACAUCGCUGGACAGCUACAACGAGUGCGUCUACUGUGAUGCCAGCCAGAAUGAGGAUUGUGUGAAGAAUCCCCCAGCAAUAACAGACAGACGUCUUUGCAAUGGUCAGUGCAUGACGGCAAUAAGGAAACAAGAGGGUACUGAUUUAUAUGCUCUCGUGCGCGGCUGCCUAGACGACAAGGAUGCAGAGGAUCAAGCGACCUGUGCCGCUGGCACAGACAAAGAAUGUGUCGCAUGCACGGGCGAUGCCUGCAACAUGAAUGAUGUGAUCGGGAGUUCGCUCAGCUGUUAUAUCUGCGAUAACAAAGAUAACUGCCAAGAUCCAGACCAGGCUGCCUGUCUUCACUUUAGUCCCACAGAUCGUUGUUAUACUCUAUUCGAUGAUACCGCAUCGGUUGCGAGUCUCGGUUGUCUCUCCGACCAGGAGCCAGACUUUGUCGACAAGAAUCUGGAGAAUUUGAUAUUAUGCACAGAGAAUAACUGCAAUUCCUUCGAGAAUUUGCCAAAGCCAAACGAAUGUGCGAUCUGCUCUUCCUUGGAUGAUGUAAAUUGUGCAGUUGAUCCCAGCAAGGUCACCCAACUCGAUAACUGCAAUGUGAUGCCCCAAACUAGCUGCAUGUCGCGUAUACACUCAGAUGGUUCCACACAGCGCGGCUGUGUGAGCAACUUGGCUAAAGCUGAGCUCCGGUCCUGCCUGUUGGGUGAGGGCAACUGUGAGAUGUGCGAAGGCUCCAUGUGCAACAUAGAGAUUUAUCCGGCUGAUCGUCGUCGCUGCCAACGCUGCAACUCCAAUGAUGAUCCCAACUGUGGCUCAGCGCCUGACGCCUCCGGCGUUUGUCCACGCCACGAUGACAGCAAGGGCUGCAGCGUCAAGUUGGUGAAUGGUGCCACAUAUCGUGGCUGCGAGACGGAAUUCGUGUGCGAUCCGGCGGAUAAACAAUACUGUCGCUCCUGCAGCGGUGAUAAUUGCAACGUUGUAGAUCUGGAGAUCUGGAAUAUUGGCUAUCCAGGCAAAUGGGCGACACCACCAAUUAAUUGCUAUACCUGCGAAGGUGUCGAGUGUCAAGGCUCCAGCUUAGGUUCCCUGCAAAAGUGCGCCAACAACAAUGAACAGAAUUGUGCCACAGUCUUUGCGAGCGAUGGAUCCGUGAUCCUGCGAGGCUGCACUGAUCAGCUGUACGCCGAUGCUGAACUAACCCAAUACUGCGAUGCGACACCAGGCAGUUGCAAGCAGUGUAAAUCGAGUGGAUGCAACAAUGCCAAGCAGCUGGAUGCCUACGUGGACUGUGUCCUUUGCGAUGGAACGGAUCAAGCUGCCUGCGUUCGCAGUGUUGGCGAUAUUACACGUAAAGUAUCCUGUCAGGGCAGCUGCUUCACCGGACUCUAUGCACGCUCCAAAGUGGAUCCGGAUUCACCAUUGGAGAUGGCACGUGGCUGUCUGGAUGAUCUGGAAUAUGAUGAUCGUCUCGCUUGUGCCGACGGCAAUAUGGAAAACUGUGUUGCCUGCACUGAAGCCAGUUGCAAUAAGAACGAAGUCCCCGAAGAACGUCUUAGCUGCAACUACUGUGACGAUGAGGAAUGCGACGAAAUUAGCUCACAGACUUGUGUCUCAUAUCGCAGCAGCGACCAGUGCUAUAUCCAUGUGGGCGAUCUCAAAAUCGAGAGCAUGGGCUGUGCCAGUGAUCUGGAGACGUCUUUCCUCCAAUUGAAUCGUCGGGACUUGUAUCUCUGCAGUGGCAAGGACUGCAAUACUAAGGAUGUCCUUAAUCUUCGUGGUAACUGGUGUGUCUUUUGCAACUCCAAAUCCCAAUCCUCAUGUAUUGAAGGAACUUCACUGGCUAGCCCCUUGUGUGAGCAUUACUUAACUCCGGACUGCUACACGCACAUCGAUGACGAUGGUGUUUUGCACCGUGGCUGUUUGAUGGACAAGGAUGACGAACUCUUUGACGAUUGCACCAGCGGCAAUAGCACCACUUGUGAGAUAUGCAUGGGAGACUUUUGCAACAAUGAACUGUAUCCCGCUGACCGGCAGAGUUGUUUGCAGUGCGACUCCGAGACCGAUGAGGACUGCGAGAAGAACCCAGCUACAUAUGCCAAAUACUGUAGAAUUUACGAAUCCGGCGAUGUCUGCGUGACUAGCUUGGAAAACGGACGCACUCGUCGGGGCUGCCAGUCAGAGGUCAACUGCGAUGCCAGCCAGGUGGGCAAGUGUCGCAUCUGCGAGGAUGGCAAUUGCAACUCAGUUAAUUUGGCUGGCAGCUAUGUGGGUGAGCCGGGCAAGUGGCAGGAUUUGCCAUUGAGCUGCCAUGUUUGCACGGAUUUAGAGAGCUGCGCUAGUGUGACCACACCAACAAAGUGCGAGGGCAACAACAAACAACUCUGCUCCACAGUAUUUAAUGUUGACGGCAAUGUGAUUGCCCGGGGAUGCAGCGAUGCCGUCAUCGAAGAGCAUGCCAGCUAUUGUGAGUCGGAUAUAGAGAAGUGUCCGUUGUGCAAGUCGAAUGGCUGCAAUAAUGCUGAUAGUCUGGACACCUAUGUCGAGUGCUAUCAGUGCGAUGCUGAGCAUGAUCCGAACUGUGCCUGGGAGAAGCCCACAAAGACGCGCCAAUGCCAGAGCCAAUGCAUGACGGGCAUGUAUCCGCGUAGCUCUGCUGUUGACUCCGCUCUGCUGCCCACACGCGGCUGCCUGGAUGAUCUGGAGCAGGAAGAUCGCGAUCAAUGUGCUGAGGGUAAGCACGCCAGUUGUACAGCCUGCUCGGGACCAUUGUGUAAUGGUGAGGACAUUGUGAAGACACCUCAAGAGUGCUAUGUGUGCGAGGAUUCGGAAUGCGUAGAUGCGAUAACAUCCAAGUGUCUGGCUUACAAGGAAAAGGAUCAAUGCUACUUAGCUUUUGUUGAUCAGAGCAUUGUUGGCAUGGGCUGUGCGAGUGACUUUGAGACUGAGGUCAUUAACGAACUGGUGGCCCAGGGAAGUCUAUUGCUCUGUGAGGGUCAGAAUUGCAAUUAUUACGAUAUCAUACCCGAUGUAAAUAUCUGUCUACAAUGCAACUCCCUCAUCGAUCCUCGCUGUGCCACCAAUCCCAAUCAGUUAUUAACAACCAGCCCUUGCGCCUCGCUACCCUAUACGCAGUGUGUGACACAUGUCGAUGCAGCUGGAACAACGACUCGUGGCUGUCUGUCAGACGUGGAGAGCACUGACUUUUAUGACUGCCUCAUGGGCAACUCGGCCAAGUGCCAAACGUGUACGGGCAGCAAUUGUAAUGGACUCACUGUAUUCCCAGCGGACCGUCGUCUUUGCCAUCAGUGCGACUCUGCCAGUGAUCCUUUGUGCGCUAGUGCGCCCAGCAGUAGCGCCGUCUGUCCCAUUUACGAUGAGAAAGAGUCUUGCGUGACGACUUUGGUAAAUGAUAUCACCCAUCGCGGUUGUGGCUCCAGCUUGAGCUGCUCGGAUCCCAGUGAUUCGAACACCUGCCGCAUCUGCAGCGACAAUGCCUGCAACACCAUCGACUUGAACCGUUUGAAUAUUCAUGGCUCUCCAGGCAUCUGGCAACAGACCCCAAUCAGCUGCCUCACCUGUGCUAAUGCCGAAGAAUGUAAGUCUGGCAGUGGUCAGCUGGAGAAGUGCUCGGGCAACGAUAAUUGUGCGACAGUCUUUGACGCGACUGGGGAUGUUGUAACCUCACGUGGCUGCUACAAUGCAUUGGACACUUCUGCGUCCAGCUAUUGUGAUUCGCAACCCGACAAUUGUCCACGUUGUAAUUCCAAUGGCUGCAAUGUGGCCGAUAGCCUCAAUAGUUACGUUGAGUGCUUGGUGUGCGACUCCAGCGCGGAUCCCAAUUGUGUGAAUGAUGUCAGCAAGAUCCAUAGAACACGUCAGUGCAAUGCCGCUUGCAUGUCCGCCUUCCGACCACUCUUCGGCGAGGAGACAAGUAAUCCCAGUUACGCUCUGGUGCGCAAUUGUAACGAUGAUUUGGAGGAGGAAGAUCGCACCAGCUGCGGCACCGAGGCCAACAAGCAUUGUGCCAGCUGCACUGAUGCCAUGUGUAACAAGGACGAUCUGGUGGCCGAGCGACACAGUUGCCUCAUCUGCCGCGGCGAUGACUGUCAGGAUCCUCAGCCAGCAAGUUGCGCCAACUAUCGCGAGACGGACGAAUGCUUCAUUCAGUUCGAUGAGCAACGAUCAAUUGUUGCCCAUGGUUGCCUUAGUGAGUAUAGUCACGAGGAUAUCCACGAGCUGCAGCGUUCCAAGCGAUUGCUGACCUGCAAGGAUGAUAAUUGCAACACGCUGGACUUGAUCCAGGAGCCACAGACCUGUGUUCUCUGCAGUUCACGCACAGAUCUAAAUUGUGCCGACAAUCCAGGCGGGGUGAACAGCGAGACUAGUUGUCUGAUUUCGGGUCUGCCCGAGUGUUAUUCCCGUGUGCUGCAGGAUGGCAGUACGGAACGUGGCUGCCUGUCCAGUCUUGAGGAUGACGAGUUCUUGGGCUGCUACGAUGGCACCGCCAAGGGAUGUUCUUCCUGCGUGGGUGAUCACUGCAACAAGAAAAUCUAUCCCACAGAUCGUACUUCCUGUCACAUUUGUAACUCGGAGACCGAUCCCAAUUGUGAAUCGACGCCGAGCAGUCUGUCUAUUUGCCCCCUCUAUGCUGAAGAAGAUACCUGUGUGACGAAUCUGCGAGGCGAUAUCACCUACAGAGGAUGCUCCAGUUCGAUCAGUUGUGAGCCCAACUCCAAGACCUGUGUCAUCUGCAGUGGAGAUGGCUGCAACGUUGCCGAUUUGAAUGCCUACGCCGAUGAUAAUCAUGGCAAGUGGCAGGAUUUGCCCCUGACUUGCCUUACCUGUACGGGUGAUGGCUGCCUGGAGAGCAGCAUCAGUUCCGAACGCUGUGAGGCCAAUAACGAACAGGACUGUAUGACCGUAUUCAAUGCGGACGGAGUCGUUACCGGUCGCGGCUGUCAGGAUGUCAUUGAGCAGGAUGCGACUCUCGGCAGCUACUGUGCAAACAAUGCCGAUAAGUGUCCCGUUUGCAAGUCUAACGAUUGCAACUCGGCGACAGCAAUCACGCAAUACAACAGCUGCAUCUACUGUGACUCCUUCAAGAGCACAUCCUGCCUAUGGGAUCCCACUAGCACCGCACACAAGCGUCGUCAGUGCCAAGGUGAUUGCAUGACUGCGCUCUACGGCAGUGCCGAGGAUGGCUUGGAUCUGAUACGCACCUGUCUGAAUGACAAAGAGCAGGAUGCACAAUUAGUCUGUUCCGCUGACAAAGAUGCCAAUUGCGCCUCCUGCUCCGGAGAUGCUUGCAAUGUGCAGUCGCUGCCCACAGAUCGUGUUAGCUGCUUCCACUGCGAGAACGGUGACUGCGAGGAACCCACGACGAAGCUGUGCGCAAUUUACAAACCGAACGACAGUUGCUACCUGUGGGUGGAUGAGGAGAACAGCAUUAAGCAAUUGGGCUGCCUGAGCUCAUUCCGCGAUCAGGAUCUAGAGAGUGUGAUCAAAACGAAACGAAUUGCUGUCUGCGAGGGCAACAAUUGCAAUACGCCACAAAUGCCAUCGCCAGUCAAGUGUGCAAUCUGUGAUUCUCGUACAGAUCCCACAUGUGCCACAACUCCUUUGGCAGUUGCCCAAUUUAAGACCUGUAACCAGUUCCCGCAUCCACAAUGUAUGACGAGAUUGGAGGAUGAUGGUUCAACAAUUCGUGGUUGUCUUUAUGAUCUACCACAGGCGCACUUUGCUGGCUGCCUGCUGGGCAAUGACGAAAACUGCGAGGUGUGUGAAAAGGAUGGAUGUAAUCGCGAUAUCUUCCCUGCUGACCGACAGCAGUGCUACACUUGCACCUCCUCAGACGACAGUAGCUGCGUUUCCAACCCAACUCAAGCUGCAGCCUGUGCUUUGCUGACUGAUGAGGAGACUUGCCAGACAUCGCUGGAUAGCAAUGUGACAAUCCGUGGCUGCAGCAGCUCCGUCAAAUGCAGUGCCAGUGAUUAUCACAAUUGUCGCAAUUGCGUUGGCAGCAAGUGCAAUUCAAUUGAUUUGGCCAAUCGUGUGGAUGAUGGACAGCAUGGCCUAUUCCAAGAGCUACCCUUGAAGUGUCACACGUGCGCCGGAGAGCAUUGCCUCAGUUCCUUGGGUCCAGCCGUAAAAUGUACACCAAAUGUUGAGCAGGAUUGCAAAACGGUCUUUGAGUUGGAUGGCAAGAUUGUGCGUCGUCGUGGAUGUGCCGAUGAUGUGGAUGACUAUGAAGAUCUCUACUGUCGCCAGAAUCCCACGCUAUGCGUUAAGUGUAAAUCAAAUGAAUGCAACGAUGCCUGGAACUUGGAGGAUCUUACUACCUGUAUCUUCUGCAACUCAGCAAAGGAUAGCAAAUGUGUUACGUAUCCACAGAGCGCAGAUUUGGAGAGUCGCCAGUGUCAGGGCAAGUGUAUGGUGGCAAUGUCUGGCCAUGAUCUGGUGCGCAGUUGCCUAAGCGACAAGGAACUCUUCGAUCGUACUGCCUGCACCAGCGAUGAAAGUGGCACGAACUGUGCCACCUGCGAUAAUGGAGAAUGCAACACAUUUGCUUAUCCAGCAGAUCGUCUCAGCUGCCACGUUUGCACUGACGCCAACAACUGCGACACGAGCCGUGCGGAAUCCUGUGCGGCCUAUGAUAAGGAUGACUUUUGCUUUGCCAAGUACAAGGAUGGCGUUGUCGAUAUAAUGGGUUGCGCGAGCAAUCAGAAUAGCGAUGAUCUGGAUCAAUGGCGCUCUUCGAAUCUGUUAUACGAAUGCAAAACGAAAGAUUGCAACGAAUUGACUCGAUUGCCCUCGAGCGGCACCUGUAUUUCCUGUGACUCCAGUAAAACACCCGAGUGCGCCCAGUCGCCCACUGAGGUGAGCACCACGGACACCUGCCACGCCCCAUUAGCGGAUUGUGUUACCCGAUUGGAGAAUGGUCACACAAUACGUGGCUGUCUGAAUAGCUUGGCUAGCAACGAGGGCGACGCCUGUGUGGCCAAUGGCACCUGUGCCUCCUGUGCAGGUAGCAAGUGCAACGUGGACAUUUUCCCUAUCAAUCGUCGCAAGUGCCACAUUUGCAAUUCGGUUGCCAACUCCGAUUGUGCCGCAGAGCCCAAUCAUUUGGCCAUUUGUCCCAUCUAUGCUGCUGAUGAUACCUGUGUAUCCUCCCGUGAUGCUGAUGGAUACAUUCAGCGAUCCUGCGGCAGUGGGCUUGAAUGUGAGAUCGAUGAUGAGGAUCAUUGCCAAGUGUGUAACACGGAUGGUUGCAAUACGGUCAAAUUCAAUGGCUCCGCUGCGCUCAGUGGCAUUGGCCUGAUCCUGACUCUUGCUGUAUCCCUGGUAACCAGUGGACGAUGGUUGUAGUGCAACUGUUCGACUUAUCACUAACUCGCCAUAGAUUAUAUUUAAAUAGAUUGUACAUAGUAUAUAUUCUAUACGAAGAACCGUAAAUUAAAACGAAAAUAUUUUAGAAUCA